UUUUUUUAAUAGUUAUACUGUCAUUUUAAUUCAGUUAUCUCCUCGUUAUCAGAUUAUAUCGAAUAUAUUGUUCUUAAGCAAUGUCCUGGACUGACUAUAUCAAGAACCUUACCAACACCGGUCACGUUGAUAAAGCUGCGAUCGUGGGUCCGAAUGGAUCUAUUUGGGCUGCAUCCAAUGGAUGGAACAUAACGUCAAGUGAAAUCACCAAUAUCGUGUGCAACUGGCCCAACUUUUCUAGCUCCGGUAUUAAGCUCGCUGGUACCAAGUUCAUGUUCAUUCGGGGCGACGAUCACGUAGUUCUCGGGAGAGACAAAGCUACGGGAAUAUGCAUUGGCAAGACAAAGCAGGCAUUUGUAAUUGGUUUUCAUAAUGAUAAGCAAUAUAUUGGAAACUGUAACAAGGAGGUCCAAAAGAUCGUUGAUUACUUGACUGAGCAAGGCUACUAGUGAAGUAAAUAGCUUCUUGGUGUGCUCAGCGGCUGGAGUCAGGCCGUGCUCAAGAAGUCUUUUACUCUGUUUCUUACCUUCAUCUCUUGGGGUGUUGCUGUAAAAGGGGCAGUCUAUUUUUUAGAUCCUCUAUGAGCACAAUAAAAAAAAAUUAACGCCUAAAAAUUUUUUUUUAUUGAGAAGUUGAAAGUGUCGGAAAUUGUUCUCUAUUGCUGUUAGAGUAAGAUAGGGCGACAUUGAGACAAUGUAUGGCUUCAGUUUGUCGGUCUUUAUGAUUGGCGAAGUGCUGAGCGAGUUUAUAAUAGCAUUCUGCCAUUUUUGUUUGAGACAGCCUGUCAUUGGGGUCCAACUCUAGUGCGACGUUCCACCAUCCUAUAGAUGAUUCUAUGUUUCCGAGGAGAAUUUCUAUGUUUCCUAGAGUAUGGAAUAGUUGGGGGUUGACAUGUUCGGUGAGGUCUAUGGCUUUUUCUAAGUGCGUUUUUGCCAUGUGAAGAAGUGGAAAGGCGAGUUUGUUUGGGAUGAGUGCAUUCGCCUGUUGAAAAAGCAGGCAGCCUAUGGCAUAGCGUGCGCAGAGGCAAGAGAGACGGAGGGCAUGGGUGAUGUGCUCGUGGGAUUCAGAGAUGUGUCCGGUUUUCGAGGAACGUCUGGCGAGGUUGACGAGGAGGAUGGCGCGUUCAGAGUGUGGAUGAGAGGAGUUAGUGCAGGGUAGGUGAGUGGGCGUGGAGAGGGCGGCGGUGUAGUCUAGAAUGCGGUUGGACGUGUGUAGUUGAACAUGGUUCGGCAAUUGAGAGUGUGUGGAAUUUGACAGGUUUUUUUUGACAUGAAGAUCAGUUUUGCAGCGGGGAGUUGGGGGUGAGGAGAAGUGGAUGCGAGAGAGGUUAGAGCGUGCAUCGUUGACAAGUUCGUUGAAGUUGUGGGGGAGUUUGAGAUGUUCUGGGGGGGAGAAGGGAAUGUUUUGUGCGUUUUGUAAUCGGAGGGGUGAAUUGACAGGUUUUUGACAGGGAAGAAGGUUAUGGUGGAUUGGCUGGAGAGGGGCGCGGUUAUUGCGAAGGGAGUGAGAGAGAGAACGCUGAGCUUUAUGAAAUCUGCACCUGUGUCCUAUUUUAUAGACGCCUAUUUUGUCGAGUCUGAGUUCUAGGUCCAUGGGACUGAGAAGUGCCCAGGUUUCUAAUUGGUCUAAGUGGAGUUUGAAUAUUUUUUUGGCGUAUUGGGAAAGCUUUUCUCUUUGUAGCCAUUCGAACACGCUGUUUGGAGGAGAGGAGUUGGGUGUAUGGGUGUUGUUGAGGUUGGAGGUUUGUAUGGCUUUUUUCAAUUUAGAUCGAUGAGGAGUGGAAGAUACGCCAGCAGCGCGCAGAGUAGGGGAAAGAAACAUGGGGUUGAUGCCUACGAAGUCGCUCAGAA